AUGUUCAUGUACAGUGGCGCCAGGGGUACAUGCUGUUUGUGUUUCAGGUUCGGACGAGCAGCCCGUGAUGUAGAGGGGCAACGAACCGGGGUUGGUGCUGGUGGUUGGCUCGGUUGA